AUGUCUGGAGAAGAACAUUCCAACUCUUCCAAUAGCGGCUACUAUUUUGACAACACGUCCACCCGGGUUCAAAGUAGGGCGUUUUUCUCACGGCCCGUCUUCGUGAUGCUCAUGGUGGUGAUGGUGACUUUGGUGGUGGUGAUAGUUUUGGGAAACGCGCUGGUUAUUUUUGCCUUCAAAGUGGACAAGAGCUUGAGGCGGCAAUGCAAUUACUACUUCCUCAAUUUGGCUAUUUCAGAUUUUCUUGUGGGCGCUUUCUGCAUCCCCGUGUACAUCCCUUACACGCUGACCGGACGAUGGACACUUGGACGUGGGAUGUGCAAGCUGUGGCUGGUCAUGGACUAUCUGCUUUGUUCUGCCUCCGCUUUCAACAUCGUCCUCAUCAGCUAUGACCGCUUCCUCUCAGUGACCAGAGCGGUGAGUUAUCGGGCCAAACAGAGCAUGACUCAUCGGGCCUUGAUCAAGAUGGUGGCAGUUUGGGUGCUGGCCUUUGUCCUCUAUGGUCCUGCUAUAAUCGUGUGGGAGCUGGUGGUGGGCAGGAGCCGUGUGCCCAAAGACGAGUGUUUCGCUGAUUUUUAUUACUCCUGGUACUUCCUGCUGAGCGCCUCUAUGCUGGAGUUCUUCUCUCCUUUCAUCUCAGUAGCUUUCUUCAACCUGAGCAUCUACCUGAGCAUACGCAGGAGGAGGCUGCGCUGCAGGACCACCCCGCUCCACCUGCACAUGAGUGAGCCAGCCUCAGCUCAGGGAGAGAGCCUACCGCUGUCUCAGACCUGGGGGACCAAACUGGCAGUGAGGGGCUCCAUACACUCUCAGAGCUCUUCUCCAAGUUUGGGUAAAAUGGACUCCUCCACCAGCAGGACACUUCAUCCCAACCGUCUGUCCAGAGAUAAGAAAAUUGCCAAGUCUCUUGCCGUCAUCGUGUGUGUGUUUGCCAUCUGCUGGGCUCCGUACACUCUCCUGAUGAUUAUCCGAGCCGCCUGUAAGGGGCGCUGCAUCCCACAUCACUGGUACGAGGUUACCUUCUGGCUACUGUGGCUCAACUCUGCCAUUAACCCCUUUCUGUACCCACUCUGCCACAGCAGCUUCCGCAGGGCCUUUGGCAAGAUCCUGUGCCCCAAACGAUACGCCUCUCCCUCCUCAUCGGGCAUGCGCUCUGCCCCAUGA